CUGAAAAGGAACAUUGCAAAAUGAAAUUUAUACUUUUAUUAGUUAUUGCCUCAUGUGCAUAUUAUAUAAAUGCCUUAGACUGUGGUAUUCGGAGAGGAACUGACGAAGCAUUGCAUCAAGUUAUGUCAAUUUGUGUAAAAAACAAUGAAACCUUGGCAAAAAUUAUGAAACUGACUUCAGGAAGUGAUUUUUCAUCAUCCUCAUCAUCAUCAAUGGAGGCACAACAAUCAGACCACCAAAUUAAAACAGGAUUUGGCAGAGAAAUAAGAGAUGGACAAAGUAUUUUACAACCAAUGUUGAGAGUCAGAAGAUCAAAAUUUAACACUCUAUACAACGGAAAUGAAAGAUACGGAAAAUUACAGGAAGAAACAACAACAGAAGAUUCCCGUGAAAACAGCCACGAAAAAAGCAAAGAACAAUCCAACGAGACUAAUGAAGACGUAUCAGAAAUCUGUAUCGUAAAAUGCGUUUUUCAAAAUUUCGGAAUGAUGGAUUCAGAGGAAUCGUUUGACCACGAAAAGUUCAUUGAGAACCUUUUAAAAACUGCUGAAACUCGAGAACUAAAGGACUUCCUACAGGAUAGUGCUAAUGAAUGUUUCCAGCAAAUCGAUAAAGAAUCGGAUUUGGAUUCCUGUGUUUAUGCUACCAAAUUAGCAGAAUGUUUAGCAAAAAAGGCAAAGUCGAAUUGUGAAGAUUGGCCAAUUGCAGAUUUUCCUUUUAAAUAUUAAGUUUUCCAAUAAUUAUUAUUAUAUUGUUAUGUAAAUAUAUAUUGCUCUAAUAAAAUAGCAAGUGGUGGUGAAACUUA